UGCUGUAACUAGUGCAUUGGGAGCUAUCGAUACCUGGAUUAAACCCCCCAGACGUUCAUAAGAGCCUCUUUACACAGGUGUCUGACAAUAAGAGGAUACACGAAUCUAAAAGCGAUCACAGAUAUUUAUUGAACUUGUGAAAAUGACAACUGUCAGCGUCGAUCCCGUCCAGCAAGGAGCUUAUCCGAUGAAGAUCCCCAGCUACUCCUACCAGUAUCCCUCCCACCGGAGGGUCCAGCUCGCGGCCGUGAAGGAGGGGCUGUUCCACCCCCGUCUCCCGAGCUUUAGGAGAAUGGAUAUGGAUACAGCCGGACACAAGCUCCCCGAUGAACAUUGCCGUACCACCACUUCCUGUGGGCCAGAUGACUUCCGAAGAUCCACGUCCACUAUGCUGGAGCCCCCAGUGAAGAAUAUGUCUGGUUUGGAAAUAACAUCGACGGGAAAGCAGUUACACAAGCAUUAUACAACUCCAGAGGAGCUUAAGCGGGCUCGCACUGAGUGGUCGGACUUCCUGAACAGGUCCCCGGAGAGGUUCAACAUUCAGCUACCAUCCCUUCCAAGUAGCAAAGAUCAGCGGUUUGUUGGUUACGCAGUACGCUAUCUCCGACCGGAAGUCACCAAGUCUUGGAAUUACACAUUGCGCCAGGAGCCAUCUUUAGAUCAAUACGGCCAAAAGCCAAUUCCUGCUAAUAUCUAUGCUAGAUACAGGGAUACAUAUCCUCAGUACAGCAGAAAUAUCGCAUCCGAAGCCUGGCGAUAAACCAAGAUAUUUUUCUCUCAAGAAAAUCCUUUUUAGACUGUGUAUGUUUAGAAAUUGUACAUCAUUGUUAAUAUUGGUGAUUGUUUGUUACAAUGUAUCAUAGCGCAUAUUUGAAACCGUUCAGUAUUAUUAUCGAACGAACUAUUUUUGUGUGUUUUUUUUUUUACACUUUUCAUCAGUAUUAAGAAUAGAAUAUAUUUAUAUCAAAGUUAUAAGCUGUUAUUUCAUGCAUAUGUAGAAAUGCGCUUGUUAUGUUUGAGUCUUUAAAAUAUCAUUAUUAUUUUGUUCUUGAGUAUAAAAUUUUUUCUCAUGAUUAGUAUUUGUAUUUAAGGUAUUAGAUUCAUCUUGCUCAAACUUUGUGAUUGGCAUUGUGCCAGCUUUUAAUGUAUUGCAUCCAGUAUUCACAAUGUGCUCAACCAUAUAAGAUUUUUACAUAAAGUGUUUUUUUUUUCAUUAAACCUUUAUCAAGCCAUACAA